ACAUUGUUCCAUUCAAUGCGUUGAAUGGAAGUGAGAGUAAACAACACACUUUCGGUGACGCCUCCGGCAGGUCACGUUGCAUGGCCGUGUCCCGUGACGCUGCCAGGGGGCGGGUUAUCACCAACAGAGUCGGUCUGUGGAGCUAACCUCGCAGAGAGGAUCGGAGCCCGAGUGUUGUUUUGAAUUUGCUGGAAGACGCCGACUUGGAGAGGGGUAGUGCCUGUGAAUAAGAUGGCGGAUGUAGGAGGCGAUGAAACUCGGCCCGUUCUCCCUUCGGCAUCCCGUAACGGUCCGGUUGUCGGUUCGUCGGCUGGCACCGCGGGCCACGGCGCAGCAAUGGUCACAUCGGGACCGCGGAUGGUCAGGAUCGUCAAGUCGGAGUCCGGCUACGGGUUCAAUGUCCGCGGUCAAGUGAGCGAAGGAGGACAGCUUCGGAGCAUCAACGGGGAGCUGUACGCCCCUCUUCAGCAUGUCAGCGCUGUUUUACCCGGAGGUGCUGCGGACCGAGCCGGGAUAGUGAAGGGUGACAGGAUCCUGGAGGUUAAUGGCGUGAACGUGGAAGGUGCAACUCAUAAGCAGGUGGUGGACCUGAUCCGUGCUGGGGAGAAGGAGCUGGUUCUGGCUGUGCUGUCUGUUCCACCUCAGGAGGCUGACGGUUUGGAAGGAGGAGAGGAAGUCCAGCCCAACUACGACUACAGUGACAAGCAGGCCGUGCCCAUUUCUAUUCCCACAUACAAGCACGUAGAACAGCACUCCGAGAGGUUUGUGGUAUACAAUGUGUAUAUGUCAGGGAGGCAGCUGUGUUCAAAACGCUAUCGUGAGUUUGCCAUCCUGCACCAGAACCUGAAAAGGGAAUUCUCCAACUUCAACUUCCCAAAGCUUCCUGGUAAAUGGCCCUUCUCCCUCUCGGAACAGCAGCUGGAUGCACGACGUAGAGGCUUGGAGGAAUAUCUCGAGCGAGUGUGCUCUGUGCGGGUGAUUGGGGAGAGUGACAUCAUGCAGGAGUUUCUCUCGGAAUCAGAUGAGAACUACAACGGAGUGACAGAUGUAGAACUGCGGAUAGCCCUACCAGACAAGACCACCAUCUCCGUCAGAGUCCGUAAGAACAGUACCACAGACCAGGUGUAUCAGGCAUUAGUGUUGAAGGUUGGGAUGGACAGUAUUAUGGCGAGCUACUUUGCUCUGUUUGAAGUUAUCAACCACUCCUUUGUGCGGAAGCUGGCGCCCAAUGAGUUUCCCCACAAGCUAUAUGUGCAGAACUACACGUCGGCCGUCCCGGGGACCUGCUUAGCACUCCGCAAAUGGUUGUUCAGCUUCCAGGAGGAGGAGUUGCUCAGAGACAAUCCGCUGGCACUGCACUACUGCUUUCACCAGGCACUGGAUGAUGUGAAGAAGGGAUUCAUAAAAACAGAGGACAAAUCCUACCAGCUGCAGAAACUGGCAGAGCAGCGCAAGAUGGCCACGUACCUGAGCCUAUUGCGGACAUGCGAGGGCUACAACGAGGUGGUCUUCCCCCACUGCUCUUGUGACUCCAGAAGGAAGGGCCACGUCAUCACAGCGAUCAGCAUCAAUCACUUCAAGUUGCAUGCUUGCACUGAGGACGGCACGCUGGAGAACCAGGUAAUAGCUUUUGAGUGGGGGGAGAUGCAGCGCUGGGACACGGACGAGGAGGGGAUGGCUUUCUGCUUUGAGUAUGCCAGAGGAGAGAAGAAACCUCGCUGGGUCAAGAUCUUCACUCCGUAUUUCAACUACAUGCACGAGUGCUUUGAGCGGAUCUUUUGUGAGCUGAAGUGGAGGAAACAGGUUGAGGAAGAAGCGUCCGAUAAAGACAACAAAAACUGCAGCAACAACGAGUUUCUGCCUCCUCUGGAGACACAGCAAAAGGGAUGGCGCCACCUAGGGGGGGAGAUUGCAACUUCCUAAAGCCGUCACUUGUCAUCACUUGAACUAAAACUGGUCCACUUGCAUCAUCACAGCCACCCCAGAGAGAGCCCAUCGACAAACACAGUACUGAGUGACAGACUCGAGGCGAACCCUGCCCCAAAAACAAACUGGAAGUGACCGACUUGGGAAAUUGGAUUAUUCACACUUGCCGAACCCAGGGACACACACACACACACACACACACACACACACACACACACACACAAAUAUAGACACACAUGCACACAGUAGGAAGAGCAUCGAAAGAAGAUAAACAAGAGCCAACUUUCACGUCAUUUAUUAGAUCCUCCAUAGUGUAACUGUUGUUUUCCUCCAUGCAUCUGCCCCGUGAUGUGAGGCAAGACUUGAGAGAAUUCUCACCACAGCAUGUGAUUGGUCAGGGUCACCACAGCUCGAAGGGAGCGCCGCAGUGAAAUCGCGCUUGUCGAGAGAGCUGAUAGUCCGGAAUUGAGAUUGUGACGUUCAGUUUUUCCAACAGGACCCAUCCGAUCCAGAUCCCGCAGCGGUGACCUUGUCUGCUGAACUGAGCUGAGAUGAAAAUAAUAAUGGAGGGAAACAGAAAAAAAAAUAAGGGGGUCGGUGCUUCUUUCACGGUUGUGAUAAAGGACGAAAGUAAAAUCAUGCUUUACGCCGAUGCUGGACAUUAACACAGAAGUUGUGUUUUAUGUCUCUGGAGUCCUCUGUUUCAUCAGAAAUCAUAAACGGCACAAAUGUAACUACAUGAAACGGAUGUUGAGAGAAUGUGUUUGUAAUUAUUUGUAUGUUUAACAAUCUUACUUCUGAUAAAAUAUAGAUUAAUAUAAGAGCUGUAAUAACUGGUUUCUUGAGCUAACGCAGUGAAAUGCUAACUGAAUUUCAUUCGAGAUGCUAUAACUAAUUUCCAUUUUUCACCUUGACUACAGAGCAACAUCUGUUGGCAGUCAGCCCGUUAAUGUUGGUAUGGCUAUCCCCCCUCCAGUGUGUGUUUUGUUGUGGUGAAUUUUGCAGGGCUUGGAAGCUGAGGAGAGGAGGCGUUCUCAUUUUUAGCUCUGUGCAGGAGUAAUUUCUGGAACAAAAGGUUGACGGGCCAAAGCGUUUUUUGGGAAAUUUCACACCUUAUAUGUGGGUUGUCUUGUCGACAGAUUGUGAAGGCGAACAGGGAGUUUUGAUUGUAAUGCCUGCAGUUACCUGAGCAGGCAGCAGGGAGCAGCAGAGCAUACGUAUGAGGAGUCUUCUCAGACUUUCCUAAAGACUGAUGCCUCUGGCUCUGUAACUCACCCAAAAGUAUCACUCCACUGCAAUUUGUCCAUUAACCAAGAGUCAGGAGGAUAGAUGGGGUGUGUGCACGUGUGCUGCAGAAAGUAGAUGGUGCAUAAGGUUGUGUGAGCCAUCAGCAUACAUAGCAGUGCAGUCAUCUGUCCCCCUCCUGCUGCACCUAAAUGAAUACAGUAUUAGUUGUGUAUGUGUUAAUGUGCACAUAUAAUAUAAUUUUGUGGUUAUUUUACAGUUCGGGUUUACUUGUGUUUCUCUUUAUCUCUGUAAAAGUCGGAUUUCACUCUUCUCUCACCUGAAAUGUGUAGAAAGCAGAUUUACAUGCUGACAAGAAAGAAAAAUCACUGUUUCCAUGCAUGUAUUGAUUUAAGUUUUGUUUAAUCUUACCAAGGGCUACUAGUUUAUCUUGGCAUUGGGUGGGGACAAAAAGCCCAAAAAAAUCCCUGAAACUGACACUAAUUUUUAGAGCGCGGGUCCAAGUUUUCCUUUACUCUGAAGUUGAAAUUAGUUGAAACAGUUCAAAUUAGGUUUCAGCUAUAGAAAUGUUAAUUUUAGGCCUGGUUUUAGUCGUAUAUUUGUUCUCAGUCGGUUACCUUGGGGCAUGUUUGUGUGCUGUGGCAGAGUGUGUCCUCUGUGUUUAUCAUUGACAUUGCUGAUAAGCUUUUAGGCUCUGAUUGGACGCGUCUGAUGAGCUGCCGGUGUCAGAGCCAGCAAAUGAAGAUGGGGGUUUUGUAUCUGUACGACAGCAGAGACGCCAGACAGAUGGAGACAAAUGGGGAAGCGUCUCCUAUUGUCUAGCAAACAUUCCUUGCUGCUCACAUGCUUCUUCAACGUAGCGCACAUACACAUCCCCCCCCCCCGCCAAUCCAUCUCCCUGCUACUCUCACAAAACUGUUGCAGCCGCACAAAAUAUUUUAAUUGCAGCCCAAUUGUUGCUUCUGAGCACAGGCCUCAGCUAUACAGGAGUUUAUAGAAAUACAUACCUCAGUGUAGUAUCAUGUUUGUUUGUUCUUUGCAACACAUCACAAGUAGCUGGAAUAAGAGGGGAAAAAAACUGCAAUGCAGGAUGGGCAUUUUGACAGGCAGAGUAAUAGGCAAUUUAGAGAUGGAUGACAUAAGAAUCAAAGCUAUUCAACCGUGAUGGGUUUUUUUUUUUUAUUUGGGGGUGGGGGGUAUAAGCUAGAAAGGGGGUUGCCAGAUUGUGUGCUUGCGUGCAGGUUUGUCUGUCCUCUGCUCGUACUCUCUCCAGGUUGGUCUCCCGUCAGCGCAGGAGAUGCGGUUGCCGUGGCAGCACCACGUUGUCUCCACACGCUCAGUGCAGCCUCUGUUCCUUUUAUUCCUGUCAGCCAACUGACUCAAUCCUCCCAAUAAUGUAUUCAAAGCGGUGUUUUUUACUGUUUGAUGUUUGUUCUCUGUCCCCGUGGCUCGUGCUGCUGUGAAUAGGCUUUUAGAAAGCUGCUGUUUUCCCUGUUUUUUUUGUUUUGUUGUUUUUUCCGUUUUUCCUUUUCUUUUCUCGCUGGUUCAGUUUGUCUUGUCUGCACCAGAUGCCAUCUUAAGCUCAGUCACAGGCAGGUGUGUGUGCGCCCUGUGAGCUGUUGUCCGUUUGAGACGUUUCUUCUGUGAGCUAAAUGUCAUAGAAAGCAGCGCGUAGGUGACAGCUAAGAGAUGACGGGAAUGUUAAGAAGCAUGUCUUUGUACAGUCGAUCUGUGUUUGUUACUUUCUGUUUGCCAGCGUAUUUGCGGUGCCGUGGUCCACCUGGGCUUCAAAGUGAGUGAUUAAUUAUGAAGAUGAGAUGAAAUUUUCACACAGUGCUUAAGCUUUUAACAUCCAGCAGGUCACCGGGGACCUGGUUGCGAUUUAGCUGCAUGUUAAACGAGCACAUUUGCAGAACCAUUAACAUUCAGAUUAAUCCUCAUACAUCCAUUUUUGUCCUCACGGUUCUCCCAAUCCGCUUUUUUUUUUUUUCCCAUUUGGGUUUGCUGUUGUCCCUGUUGUCCUAGCACUAGGUCACCAGCAACCGGGGUGGACUGUAAGAGGUUAACAGAUGACGUGAAUGCAAACGUGGUGAUGGCAGAAUAAAAAAUGUCCAUGCGUGGACUGCACACGAGGGCUCAGAAAGUUUGUCUUCGUCACUAACCAGCACUGAAACGCUCAUCUACAUGAUACUGUUGCUAUAGUAACACAUCAGUUUUCUGAGACUUGUGUGCCAAAUCAGUGCUGAUUUUCAUAACAUCUUUCAGUGGGAGAUAAUAUAUGAAGGCCUGUUUGUUUGAACGCUGCAGCGUUUCAGUUAAUCUCUGUUUGAAAUUGUGAUUUAUUUUUUUUUUUUUUUUUUUUGACACUGUGGCUUCGUCCAGAGGUUAUGUUGGUGUCCUCAGCAGCAUUUUUCUGUAAACUUGAUGUCUUUGGACCUCUGGAAUGCACAUCUGGGUCAGAGCACAUUAGCUGUAGGCUUGUCUGUUUUUAGCUGAUGUGUCCUCCCUAUGACUAAUCUGAAGGGUGGAUGUAAUUGGUGUUCAAAAAGUGCUCGCCUCCGUGUGAUUAAUUUCUAUUCAUUGCUUACAGAGACGGGGGCAUUCCCGUUGCAAGCAGACACCGACAUUGAUUACAAAUCUAAGCCUUGUUGCUAUCUCCAGCAUAACCUGUAAAUAGCUGUUUUAAAAAGAAAAAGAAUAUUCUUCUGACAAAAAAUAAUAAUAAUGCACUCUUGUUUCUCCAACUCAGAACUUUUAUUUAUUUAAAAAAAGAAACUAUAAAGAUUGGGGAAAUUAUAGUGUACAAUGUUAGAGCCACCAGUGAUCUUUUUUUGUGUGUGUGUUUGUGUGCGCGCGUGUGUGAGUGUUUGUCGGGGAGGGGAACGUUUGUGAAACACACAGAGAAAAGGUGUUUAAAAGAGAAGCGGUGUCUCAUUUACUAAGUGUAUAAAGACAUCAUUAACACCUGAGGCUAAAAAAAAAAAAAAAAUAUGAAAAAAUGGAGUUUUAUAUCUAAAAUUAUCCAUGAAGGUUUACUAACCAGUGUAAGAAAAAGAGAAAAAAAAGUUUUGAAAAUGUUGUGUAGAGUAAUAAAUUGUAACAAUAUUUUAAAUAAAGUUAUAUAUUGGGAAAAUA